GCCGCUUGAAUCCGCUAUGGUGUCUUUGCCUUGGCAGUGCGCGCUUUGGGGCUGCUUGUUGACAGCGGUCCAUCUAGGACAGUGUGCUGCAUGUGGUGACAAACAGUACCUCUUCAAUGGCCAGUGCUGUGACUUGUGCCCGCCAGGAAAGAAACUGGAGGAACACUGCUCGGCUCUCCUCAAGACCCAGUGCCUCUUGUGUGACUCAGGCGAAUUCAUGGACAAGUGGAACAAAGAGAUACGGUGUUACCAGCAUACACACUGUGAACCUAAUGAUGGGCUCCAGGUUGAGAAGGAGGGCACCUCAGAUACAGACACCGUUUGUGCCUGUAAGGAAGGUCAACACUGUACCAGCAAGGAGUGCCUGAGAUGUGUGUCGCACACAUCCUGUGGCCCUGGCUUUGGAGUUAAGCAGAUGGCCACAGGGACAGCUGACACUGUGUGUGAACUCUGCCCAGCUGGCUUCUUCUCCAGUGUGUCAUCAACUUCUGAAAAGUGUCAUCCUUGGACAAGCUGUGAGGCCGAAAAGAUGACGGUUAUCCAGGCAGGGACGAAUCAGACUGAUGUUGUCUGUGGUUUGCAGCGCCGGAUGCGAGCCCUUUUGGUCAUUCCCAUCGUGAUGGCCAUCCUCAUCACCAUCGUCGUGGUGAUGUCUUUCUGUAUCAAAAAGAGGGUCAAGGACCCCGAGGAUGAUAAGGCCUUAUCCCCUGAUCUUGGACAGCAAGGACCUGUGGAGAUGGACUAUUAUCCUGGCCACAACACUGCAGCUCCUGUGCAGGAGACAUUGCAUGGGUGUCAGCCUGUCGCACAGGAGGAUGGCAAGGAGAGCCGCAUCUCAGUGCAGGAGAGACAGCUGACAGGCAGCGUGGACUUGAAGCACCUGGUCUGAGAUUCUGGAGCUAGGGCACAAGGACAAGGGCCCGACUCCGACGGCUGCUGACGUUUGAGAUUUGAAAGGGGCAAAGACGCAGCCCAGUGCAGUUAACUGUCAAGCCUGCCCCACUGCCAUCCCAUCCCUCGACUUGCUUCUGAAGAUGGAGGAAAAGCCUAGGCACCAGGGGUCCACAGGCCAGCAGAUGACAACGAGAUCCACAGACAAUUGCAGCAGUGCAGGAUCCAGAAAUGUACUCUGCAGACUUUCUCUAUAAGGAGUCAAUGGACACCAGAGUCCAUGGCUCUGUGGCUUGUGUUGUUAGAAGGCACCAGCAGG